CUUUUUUCUAUGAUUGUAAUUUGUAAUAGUCCGAAUUUUACACCGUUCGUUGCUUAUAAAUAUUGAAUUGUAAAUAAUUUGUGAUAAACAUAUUAGGUAUAUUUUAUUAAAAUUGUUAUCUACUCCUACAAUUGACAGACAUAGUCUAGUAAGGAUUUUAUACGAUUGUUUGAGAUUUGAAGUGUUGUGAUCAUGUCCAAAGACAAGAUCCAAGAGGGAAGGGAGUGUAUGGACAAAGCUGCGAAAUAUCUGAAGACAUCUUUGUUAAAAUGGGUUCCUGAUUAUGAUAGUGCAGCAGACGAAUACUCAAAAGCAGCUACUUGUUUCAGAGUUGGAAAAUCAUAUAAAGAGAGUAAGGAAUGUCUUAUGAAAGCAUCUGAAAACUAUUUACAAAAUGGAUCUCUUUUCCAUGCUGCUAAGUGUAUGGAUCAGGCAAUUAUAAUGUCUAAGGAAAUUGGCGAUACAAGUGAAGUGUGUAAAUUGGCUAUGAAAGCCAGUCACUAUUACCAGCAACAUGGAUCCUCUGGAAGCGCAUCAUUAUUGUUGAACAAAGCUGCAGAUAUGUUACAACUAUCAGAUCCAGAAUCAGCCGUUAAGCUCUUAAAGGAAGCUUCAAACAUUUCUGGGACUGAAGAUUCGAUUGGACAAGCAAUGGAGUACACACACAAAGUAGCUCGACUAUUGGUAAAAUUGAAAAGGUACGAAGAAGCUGAAAACGAAAUAAGACGUCAAUUUGAUCUUGUCACUGAAGGAGGCCCCACAUCCAACAUGGGUAGAGUGACUGUUGAACUAUUUUUAUUACAAUUGGCUAAAGAUGAUUAUGUGGCCGCUAAAAAAGUGUUGCACGAAUAUGGAAUGCAAUAUUGUGAACAAGCAGAGAUUUAUAUGCUUGACAGCAUUGUAAACGCCUAUUCUGAUCAUGAUUGUGCUCAAAUCAAAAAAAUGUUAAACAGUCCUUUUAUUAAGCACAUGGAUGUUGAGUUUGCAAUACUCGCCAAGAAUUUGGCUGAAAAAUGGACAGUGGAACCUAAAGAGCAAGUUACCAAUACUGAAAACGAAGAGACAGAGGAGUUAUCAACAGACUUUGGAGGGAAGCUUUGUUAAAGCAGAAAAUAUCUUUUUAUAUUCUACCUUAUUUAAUCAAAUUAUAUUUGUCUCUUAGUUUGAAACAGUUCAGGCUAAAAAUUGUAUUCGUCCUUUAAAUCUCAAUAAGAUAAGUCUUAAAUAUUAAAUGUAAAUAUGAUAGUUGAUAACUUGCAAUUGCAUAAAAAAGUUAGAGUGAGUAACAUUAUCAAGUACAUUUUUAAUUAAUUUUAAAUUGUAUAAUAAUGUAACUAUUAAUGUAAAAGAAAAAAAUAAGUUACUUUGCCAUUGAUUAUUAUUUAAAAAAAAAAAAAAAAAAUAAUAACUACAAAUUAUAAUUUAUAAUAUCUCCAUAGUAAAAUAAUUGUUAAAAGUUAGUGAUAAUGGUUUUUGAAAUGAAAAAAUAUUAAAUAAUAAAUAAACUAACGAGAUACUAUUAUUUAUUAUUGUUUUUAUGUAUUUUUGAUUUAGAUUUAAUGGGUUUAACCAUAAUAAAGCAUUGCCAUUUUAAUUUUGUCAAUACCUUUGUAGGUAGGUAUAUGCUUUUGUGAUUACAUUUUUAAUUGUUAAUUAUUGAUAAUAUUUUUUACUGUUCAACAGUAAGUUUAUGCAAUGUAGUUUAUUAAAAUAUUUAUAAUAAUUUAUGAAACUUUUUAAAUCAAUUUUUAAAACACUUACAUUACUUUUAUGUAUUAGCCACAAUUUAAUAUGCAACAUUCCACAUUAAAUAAUAUUUUUUUUAAUUACACUAUUUUAUUAUCAUAAAACCAACAAUGUAAUUUUAAAUUGUUUAUUAUGUAUUUAAUUAAUCAAUAAUAGUAAAUACUUUAAAUAAUAUGCUUCAACUAGGAAAAUAUAUACAAAUAAUGUCAUUAUAUUCAAACUUUAGUUUCAAUAUAAAAUUGAAAAUAUAUUAUUAUACACUUAUAAA